AUGGCCAAAUGGGGCGAAGGAGAUCCUCGAUGGAUUGUAGAAGAACGACCUGAUGCUACUAAUGUAAAUAAUUGGCACUGGACUGAAAAAAAUGCUGGACCUUGGUCAAAGGACCGUCUAAAAGAAUUGCUAAAUAAUUUAAAAAUAACUCAGAAUGGUGUGGACUGUAAGGUAACAGAGGUAGAAAAGGUCGAAGGAGAAGCUUCAGCGAAUAAUAGGAAAGGAAAAUUAAUAUUUUUCUAUGAAUGGGAUAUUAAGCUGAAAUGGGAAGGACAUCUCGCAGGCUCCAAGGAUGUCGUAAAAGGCGAAGUACACAUCCCGAAUCUAUCGGAGGAAAAUGACGUCAGUGAGGUAGACAUGACGGUAACAAUCAAGGGGAGUGGAGAAGAAGCUCAGAGGUUGAAGGCAUUUAUGCAUAAUGUAGGAAGGGAUGAAAUCAGAAAACAACUCAAAGAGUAUGUCAGAAGUCUGAAGGAAGAAUUCUCUAAAGGCUUAAUACUACCGAAGAAAGGAGAAACAACUGUGAAACCAGAUAGUAUCUCCACAAUAACAAGUGGCUUUAAUAAAAAAAUAAAUAUGGAACCUGUGAUAUCAACACAAAAUAAGCAAAUAGGUUGUAAGCUUGAUACAAAAACUAUUGAACUGUCAGAGACUUUCCAAUGCAGAGCUGAUGAGUUCUAUAAUGCCAUGACAAAGAUAGAAAUGGUGACUGCUUUCACUCAGGGACAUGUAAAAAUGGAGGUGGAGAAGGGAGGAAAGUUUGCAUUAUUUGGGGGCAAUGUGACUGGAGAGUUUAAAGAACUAGUGCCAGGGAAGAAAAUUGUUCAGUACUGGAGAUACAAGCAGUGGCCGGAACAACAUUUUUCUGAGGUCACUUUCACCAUUGAGGAGAAGGAUGACCACACUCUAGUGAAAUUGAAACAGGACUUGGUCCCUGCUUCCGAAGUAGAACAAACCAACGAAUUAGAUCCAAUUGAUGCUGAGGAAAUAAUAUGA